UCCAAAUUCCAAGCCAAAAUUACGUCUUCUAAAAUUCCUAGUCGUAAGAGAAAGUAGCCAGCUUUUACGAAGCAAAGAAAAAUGGGAGCCAACUUCUCUAUGGUGGAGAGUGAAUCGGGGCCAUCUCGUGUCACUGCCUACCAUUCAAAAGACCAAUGGAAAGCCUACUUCGAGACCUCCAAGCAAUGUGACAAACUGGUGGUGAUUGAUUUCUCGGCUACAUGGUGUGGACCUUGCCAAUUCAUAGAGCCAACCUUCAAAGAGCUCUCUUGCAAAUAUACGAAUGUGGAUUUCGUCAAGAUUGAUGUGGAUGAGUUGGAGGCUGUGGCUCAAGAAUUUGCGGUGGAGGCAAUGCCAACAUUCAUAUUUAUUAAGAAAGGAAAGGUGGUUGACAAGGUUGUGGGUGCUAGGAAGGAUGACCUGCAGACCAAGAUUGAGAAGCACAGCACAUAGAUUUACAAUGAUGAACCAUGCUGAUCCUGUUAGCAAGGCCAUGCAAUAUGUAUUCUACAAUAACUUCUUAAAGAGAAGAAGAAUUGAGGAGCAGGAAGCAUCAAAUAAUCACCAGUGUGUUCUGGCUAAAUAAGAUGGAGUUUCUUGCAUUUAAUUUUCAUGUUAAUGUAAUUUGCUUGAGCAACCAACAUUUUUUAGUUUUAAAUUAUUAAUAUAAAAUCUCUCUCUCUCUCUCACUC